GAUAUUUUAUAUUUUCUUCUAACAGCAUUCGCUAUCAAAUGUCGUGUUUGUUUACCAUGUGAGGACAAAUACAAAAAAUUAUUCCAAAUUACAAAAGAUGAAAUUUUAGACAGCUGUGGAGUUUGUAUUGUAAGUCAAGCGAAAAUAACCUCAUAUUAUAGUAAAAUAAAGAAGACAGCUUACUCAACUUUCCAAGGUUAUCAAAUGGAAGGUCGAGGUUGUUUACUUAAAUGUCCACCUAGAGAUGUCAUCAAUGAGCUUACUCCAGGACUUGUUAACAAGUAUAACUGUUGUUAUUAUGAUUUAUGCAAUAGAACAAACAAACUAUUUGUACAAUACAAAUUAAUUAUUCUCAUUUCAUGUUUACUCAAUUCAUUAUUUAUUGUUGUGAAUAGAUUUAGUGUUUGUUAA